CUCCAGGGCGAGCGCUCCUUUUUCCUGCAGCCCGGCGAGCGCCUUGAACGCGGCAUCCAGGACGUGUACGUGCUGUCGGAGGAGGAGGGCCUGGUGCUGCGAGCCGUGGAGGCGUUCAAUGACACCCAGGAGCGCGGCGGUGGAGAGCACCGGGGCGGCGAAGGCCGAGGCCCAGUCCCGGGCCGAGGCGGCUCGGAUCCAGGGCGAGGCGGCGGUCAACGAGGCCAAGCUGAAGGCCGAGGCCCAGAGGAUUGAGGCGGAGGCGGAGCUCCAGCGCCUGGCCCAGGCCCGGGAGCAGGAGCUCAGCUAUAAGAAGCAGAUGGACGGUCUGGAGGUGGACAAGCAGAAGAGUCUGGCUCAGAUCGAGAGCCAGCGCUUCAGCCAGCUGGUGGAGAGUCUGGGCUGCGACACGCUGCAGGAGAUGGCCCGGGCGGGGCCCGAGCUGCAGGUGAAGCUGCUGCAGGCUCUGGGUCUGAAGUCCACGCUGAUCACAGACGGCUCCUCUCCCAUCAACCUGUUCACCACCGCCAACGGCCUGCUGGGGGCGCUGCAGGGCCCGGGACAGGGACAGGGACAGUGAGGAGGAGGAGGAGGAACAGGUCCAAAAGUAAACCCCAUCAGACUCGUCCUUCUGUCCAUGAUCACACUCUGCAUCUUUCUUUAACAAAGACAAAGACAACUAGUCCCAGAUGUCCGUAUGUUGAGGACCAGGGGACGCCUCAUGGACCAGGGUCUUUAUCCUCUGAGUCACUAGGUGGCGCUCUCCGUUCAACGAAGGGUUGAGAACACACGGAUUUAAAACCAAGAGCGCCAUCUAGUGGCUCAGAACAUACAGACCCUGGUUCAGCCUCGCCCAAAUCUCCGUCCGACGCUCGUCUCCACCCUCAUGUUGUCUCCUGUUAAAAUGGAAAAUCAAGACUUUUUAAGUUUUUGUCCCUUUUUUCAUCACUUUUGACGCUUUUUUUGAAUGUUUGUCCCUUUUU